AUGGAAGAAGAUCGAGAGGAGGACGACUUCGAUUUUUACGAAAAUAUUGAAUACCAGCCAGUAGAUUGGAAUCCAGAAAUUGGAUAUGGAAAUCAAAUCUUAAACAGAACCACGUAUCCUCGGGUUGCUUUAGCUCCCGGAAGUGCAUUGGGAUUGACAAUAGUCCUGCAUGCCAAUUUUGAUGAUUACUACUGUUCUUCAACAAACAGCGCAGGAUUCAAGAUUCUACUUCACAAUCCCAUAGAAACGCCGUUGGUAGCAAACUAUGGCAUUUUAAUUAAAACCGGAUAUCACACCCGAUUAGCUGUCACCCCUUAUAUACCAUCUGCUUCACCGUUAAUACGAACUGUCGCAAAAUAUAAGAGACAAUGUAUGUUCACUAGUGAUGCAAAUCUUACAUACUAUCGAUCGUACACUAGAAAAAACUGCGAACUGGAGUGUAAGGCAAGAAUUAUUGAAGCGCAGUGUGGUUGUGUAGUGCAUUUUAUGCCAAGAUUCGACAUAAAAACGAGGGUCUGUAGCCAACAGGAUCGCCACUGCUACAAAAAAGUUAGAUUUUCUAUCGAGUCGCCGUACAACAAAACUUUUUCCUGUAAAUGUCUGCCAGGAUGCUUUUCGAUGAGCUUUAACUCGCAGAUGUCGAUGAGCAGAUUUAAUAUUACCGGAUACGUAAAAGAGGAAAUACUACAAAAGUACGAUUCCAGGUUUUUGAGGUAAUUUUUGGUUGCAAGCGGACCAUAGGUGGACGUAAGUAAAUGUUUCAAUGAACAUACCUUACUAUAAAGGACAAAGACGUUAAUCUAUAUGAGCAUGUUACCGGUCCAUGAGUAGCAUUAUUGUAUCUUCCUAUACCUAGACCAGACAGUAAUUUCAAUAGAACCCCUCCUGUUUAUUAGAGAAAACAUCGCAAUGGUGGACAUAUUCUAUGAUGAUUCUGUGACUCGAAGGAACAUGAAGAGUCAAUUUGUUGGAUUCACCGAUUUUCUGUGUAAGCAAUAACGUAACAAUCGAUCUGAAUGCAAUUAAAUAUCGAUUCAUUUACAGCAGGUAAGUGCGUUCUUGUAAUUCUUAUUUUGUGGACUCUGUGAUCCGUAUAAACAAAUAUAAGAAUUUUCGUUUGUAUGAGUGGAUCAGCUGCAAACAGCUGAAACGAAAUGUGGCACUUAUUUCAAACAAGCCGACUGUAGUUGUAUAGUCUUACCGUUUCAGGAAUUGGAGGUCUUUUGAACCUUUUCAUGGGCUUCAGUAUCAUUUCAAUCAUCGAAAUCUUGUACUAUGCAACGCUUCGACCGUAUUGCAAAAGUAAGAGACAGG